AUGGCGGUACCAAAGGGGAGACAAGGGUCCCGAUUAUUUAUGCCAUUAGUCAAUCUACGGCCACCACAGUUGUACAGGGAAUCUCGUCAAGUUAACACCUCACCUUGCUGUGUAUUGAUUGACACACAAAUGUUGCUGAAAUGCGCUCUGGUCGCAACACUAAUACUCCUAGUGUUGCAAACAGAAGCGAGGCGUGCUCGACCUAGACCGAGGACCAAGUCUAAGGUGCAAAUAGGUCUUCCCAUCACCGGAAAAUACAGGGAUCCCGAGUCUGACCAGUACUACAAUAACAACGAUGGCGCUAAAAUUCUGUUAGCAUCGCACUUUGAUCUGGAGUACGUACUGGGGCACAAGAUCGCCUUCCUGUGUACCGCCAAGGGAACCCCGCGACCUCACAUUACUUGGUUCAAAGACGGAACAGAAAUAUUCGCACAUCACUACCUACACAUCCACGAAUGGAUGAUCGAGGAUGACCGAGUCAAAUCGAAACUAGAAAUAGAUCCAGCGACCCAGAUGGACGCGGGCGUGUACGAGUGUACCGCGGAUAACAUGUACUCUAUAGACAGGAGAUCCUUCAAAACAGACUUCUCUAUCGCCUUCGACUGA